CUAGUCACUACGUGCAACAGCGCUGGAGCUAAUCUAGUGUGCUGGGGCAAAACUGCAGUUGAGGUUGAUCACUUUUAUAAUGUUUUGCUGAAACCGGUCGUACAUUUCUACUCUUAUAUUCAGCACUCAGAGACAGAGGUGUCAAGCAUGCUGCGCGUCUGUUGGAAAGCGACACAUGCAGCAGCGCGGCAAUGUGUGUGUGGGAAAGUGACGGGCCAUCAACUGCAGUCCUGUCGCAGAUACGCCACAGCUGGAGAGUCUGGAUCAACUGCUGGGAAGAUAGUAGCUGCUAGUCUUCUAACAGUGGGUGGAGGUGUUGGUGGUACGAUCCUUUAUGCUAAAUGGGACCCUAAAUUUCGAUCAAAUGUAGAGAAGAGCGUUCCCUACUCUGACCAGCUGUUUGAGAUGGCACUUGGACCUCCACCUCCUCCAUUUGUACCAUUACAAAAGAAACCAGGAAAAAUGGAACCCCUGCAAAUAUCCUCACUGUCUGAGGCCUCUAAGGAGUCCAAGCAACCCAAAUCUAAACUAAAGAAGUCUGAUCCAGCCCCUUCGCCCGCUGUAGAGGAACCACCAGCGCCCGUCCCACAGACACUUCAGGAAGCCUCAACAGAGGCGGCUCAUAUUAUUUCAGCUAUCAGUGAUGUGCCCUCUAUGCCCGCGCCGGGUACGAGUGAUGAAACAGCAUCUGAGACCCCUGUGUCAGCUCCCCCUGCAGCUGAAAGCUCUCAUCCUGAUCCUGUGCUGAAGGAGAGAUCGGCAGAGGAGGUGACCGCUCGACUAGCUCAACAGGAUAAAGCUGAAUACGAUGCUUUGAUAGCUUUGACUGCUGGAUUAGAGGAAACACUGGGCCGCUCAGCUAAGAUCACCCUGCAGGCUAUUGGAGCCCAAGAGGCUGCGCUGACCGCCAUUAACGCUUACACACAAAAACUCAAAGAAGCCAUGGACUCACAGACUCCCCCCGAUGAGAAGUCAUCUCAAUGGAAAGAACUGAACGAGGCUCUAAGCGAGAGGUCCCGGGCUGUGGACGAGGCUGGAGAAGCUCUGCUCAAAGCCAAAGAAGAGCUUGAGAAACUUCGUGGCGUGAUCAACGGCGCCAAACACACCAAGAUCGAUGCCGCGAGACCACAGAUACUGGCAGCGGAGGAGAAUUUACACAACAUGAUUGUGGAUCUGGACGAUGUUGUAACCAAAGUGCAGGCGGCACAGACAGAGGCGAAGAUCGUGUCUCAGUACACUGAGCUGGUGAAUGAAGCCAAAGCUCAGUUCCAGAAGGAGCUCGCCAGCAUCACGCCGGAGAUCCAGGCCAGCUGGAAGGGACUCACUGGGAAGUUGAGCAAGGAUGAUCUGAAUGCCCUGAUCGCUCACGCCCACCGUCGCAUCGACCAGCUGAACCGCGAGCUUGCUGAGCAGCGUGUGAGGGAGCAGAUUCACAUCGAGACGGCGCUGGAGCAGCAGAAGCUGGAGAAUAAGAAAGCUGUGGAGAGAGCCGUGGUUUCUGCUCUGGAGCACAGUCGUGGAGACAUGAGACUGGAGCAGGAGAAGAAGAUGCAGGAAGUGCGUGAGGUGAUGGAGGCUGAGAUGAGAACACAGCUGCGACGGCAGGCUGCCGCACACAUGGAUCACCUGCGCGAUGUGCUGAAGGUUCAAGAGCAGGAGCUGCGUGAGGAGGCCCAGGAGAUCCUGAACAGUAAGAUGGUGGAGCAGGAGACUCAUUACCGUAGACUGACUCAAGAACAGCUGGACACCUUUACUCUUGACAUGAAUGCAGCUUACGCUCGACUGAAGGGCAUUGAAGAGGCUAUAGACAGUCAUGUGAUUGCUGAAGAAGAGGCUCGUAAAGCUCAUAAGCUGUGGCUGUCUGUGGAGGCUCUGAGCUACACCCUUAAAUCAGCAGGUGCCGAUUCCCCCAGCGAACCUCUAGAUGGCGCCGUCCGUGCCAUCAAAGAGAGCUGCGCGGAAAACGAGUUCGCUCAGGCUUUGGUCACUGCCAUUCCUGAGGAGUCUCUUAACCGGGGAAUCUACGGUGAAGCUUCCCUCCGCGCACGUUACUACGACAUCCGCCGGCUGGCGCGACGCAUGGCGCUCAUCGACGAAUCCCGCAACAGCCUUUACCAGUACUUCCUGUCCUAUCUACAGUCCGUCCUUUUGUUCGAGAGGGAACAGGAAGCUCCUCCUGCUAAACUAGCACCUGAGGACCUAGACACAUUCAAGCUGCUCGCCUACGCAACCUAUAGCAUCGAGCACGGCGACCUCGAACUGGCCGCCAAGUUCGUCAACCAGCUUCGAGGCGAGUCGCGGCGCGUGGCGCAGGACUGGCUGAAAGAAGCCCGACUCACUUUAGAAACAAAGCAGGUGAUUAGCCUGCUAUCAGCAUAUGCUAAUGCAGUGGGGUUGGGCACCACACAGGCCCCUUAGCCACGCCCACUCUGUGGAGAGUAUGUAAAUUACGAGGAGCGCUAUUACUGGAAUCUGGCGCUCCUCGGGUUAAUUUAUAAAUAUGUUGCGUGCUAGCCAAAUUAUUUUUUCUUAUUUGUCCAAAGCACUUUUGCAGGAAGGCUUUGCCCUUCAAACAUUUAAGUGGCCUACCAUCCAAAACAACCAGUGUGGAAUGUUUAAAUGUAGCUCAUGUGAUAAAAUAAUUCAAUCUUAAGGGUUUUAUUGAAGUUGGCAUUCCUCUCUGUACAUGACACACGCCUGUCACUGGUUAGUACCUAAUGUGCAUUUAGCGGGUAUAGGGGCCUUUGGGUCAGUACCACUUCUGACAGAGUGACACUAGCCUGUUAACUGUCACAGAUUUCACAUGUAACGCUUCAAUUUCACUUAUAUUUACUGGUUGUUUAUUAACCAGACUGUUGGGAAUAAUCCAUCCUUAUCUCAGUGUUGGAUAUCAAUAAAUCAUGGUUGUUGACAAGAA